AAAAAAAGCAAGCAAAAUAAAAAGAAACAAAACAAAGGGGAGUACAAAAUAAUUGCAGCUGAGCUGCGAAAAAACAGUCAACGAAAAGAAAAGGGAAAGAACCAGCCAGCUGCUUCACAUGGGCGGCCAAACGAGAAGGGACAGGAGCUCGAUCCAUCACUCGCAGCCAAGGAAGAAAUAGAAGAUAAAAAUCCUGGGAGAGCAGCUGGCCAAAAACAAUACACUAAUACAGCCACAGAAACAAUUCACACCCCAGCUCUUGGCCGCAGAGAGUUCUUGGCAGAAAAAAAAACACAGGCAUGGGAUAGACUCACAGAACAGUUCACGCCGGCAGCUCUUGACGACAAAGCAAGGACAGAACCAAGGCAAUUUUUUUUAGAGAAGUUAGCAGAAACAAAGAAGAAGAACAUACCAGCAGCAUUAAUUCCAGUUUCAUCUUUCAAUUUCAAUCCUAAUUUCAUGCAUAGAUUCAACCUUCAAAUAGCUUUCAGUUUUAAUUAUUGUAUUACUCCGUAUUCAUAUUCCAAAUUGUUAUUUACUUGGACAAUUGUGUUUGUUAAUGAUCCUUAAUUAGUGUUCAGUGACAUCCGUUGAUUA